UGUCCUCAGACAUGGAUCGAGUAGUUUGUUUUCCCUUGUCAACACUGGUAAGGGAUAAAAAGGGGUACCGCUGCUCCACCCUUUUAUACCCUUCCACGGCCUUAUUUACCACUACAGUUAAACCUCAAAACCUGCAUUUUCAGCCUAGAAGAACAGAACAGAACAGAGAUAUGCUUCCUUUUCAGAGCUACUAUGGAUCAAGGAGCUUGUUGGAGCAAAAGAGUGAACGCGGUCGAGAACCAAACUCGGCGGUCAAUACGAUGGACGGCGGGGAUUCGAUGAUGAGCUCUGCUUCGAAGGGGGAAAGGAGAUCGGAGGAAGCAUGUAAGAGUCACAAGGACGCAGAGAGGAGACGCAGGCAGCGAAUCAACGCCCACCUCUCCACCCUACGCUCUCUUCUACCCAACACCACCAAGACGGAUAAGGCCUCGUUGCUAGCACAGGUGGUCCAUCACGUGAAAGAGCUGAGGAAGCAAGCGGCUGACGUGGGGCGUCAGAGCGGAGACGCGUGUGGGAGUGGAUCGGACUCCGAUCCCGAGGUUUGGCCGUUCCCGGGCGAGUACGACGAGGCGACCCUGAGCUACUGUGACGGUGGAAAGAAGGUGAUGAAAGCGACACUUUGCUGCGAGGACCGGCCCGGUUUAAACCUCGAGUUGGCCCGGGUGAUUCGGUCGGUCCGGGCCAGGGCGGUGCGGGCAGAGAUGAUGACGGUUGGCGGGCGGACCAAGAGCGUCGUGGUGGUGCAAUGGGCCGGGAGUGGUGCAGGUGGAGAGGAGGAAAUUGGGGCCUUGAAACGGGCUUUGAAGGCCGUUGUGGAGAAUCGAGCUUCGGGUCCUGGGCUGGGUCAAGGGGUCUCACGGAGCAAACGGGCUCGGGUUUAUGGUUCGCUUAAGGGUGACGACGAGCUUUUGUUGAGAGGCCUUUGAUCAAUGUCUUAGAUUUGAAAAAUGCUCGAUUCAAUUGUAAAUUACUAAUCUGGGGUGGCAGUGUGGGUAAAAGAAGCUGGAAAGAGCAUUAGAUCAUCAUGGAUUUCCGUUAAUGUAUGGACUGUUAGUUACCAAGGAUGAUGGAUCUUGGAAGUAAAAUAUUCACUGGGGACUAGUCUAAUGAAAGGAGAGAUGUAUUUUUUCGUCAACCUUGUAAGGCUAGAUAAUAGUUUUGUAACGUGAACUCUUUGCUAAUGCUAGGAAAAAUUAGCUCUAUUAUUAUUAUUA